AUGGGCGCUGGCGCAUUCCUAGAACCGCUGGUGGUCAUCGUACUACUCUUUGGAGGCACCUGGAUCAAUCGGCGGACAAAUCUCUCCAUCUCUCGUCACAUCCGCCGCAAAUCUGCCGAAUAUGUACGAUCUGACUCCCCCGAUUUCCUCGAGUCUGGAUAUACCAGCCCAACUCCCAAGGAUGGACUGUUGAGCCCGCGCUCCGAUUCCCCGUCCCUGCAACUGUCCGACGACCGAUGGCGGACACGACAGAUCGGCAUCUUCCGUCUCUCCUGCCGUGUGACAUCCCCAAACACUGCUGUUUUCCAUGAUCGACUACUUAGCCGACUACUGCAGAAGCUACCCUUUCUAGCUGAGUGUUGGUAUUGGGCCUUGGUAUACUGGACAUAUCAACUCGGUCGAGCCUUCACCGCCGUCACUCUUCAAGAAGGCACUGUCGAUGUUGCCCGCCACCACGCGUUGCAGCUAAUUCGAUUGGAGAAGAAAUUAGGCAUCUUCUGGGAACUUGGAAUCCAAAAUUACUUCCUCCGCCAUCCCAUGGCCAUGACGUAUAUCAAUUGGAUUUACUCUUUCAUUCAUAUUCCUGGUACAAUCGCCUUCCUGGUGGUGCUCUACUACUACACCAUCACCCGAAACCGUGUCGAUGAGUCCCAGCCAGGCAAGCCUAGAGGCACAGUGAGUGGAUCCCCAGCGGGUCCGCUUCUCUACCAAGCCCGACGACGGACAAUGGCGGUAUGCAAUUUGUUGGCAUUCGUCAUUUUUACCCUGUGGCCAUGUAUGCCGCCGCGAUUGCUCAGUGACCCGUCUGCAGAGGGCAAGGAGGCAGAGCUGGGCCGCACCUAUGGCUUUAUUGAUACUGUUCAUGGUGCCGAGGGAGCGGGAAGUGUAUGGACUGAGAACCGCUUUUGCAACCAAUAUGCGGCCAUGCCAUCCUUGCAUUUCGGAUAUUCCCUUAUGAUUGGACUCACUAUUAUGACCAUUCCCCUUCCUUCGCAUCAUCAACGAACCCUUCCCCUUCGGUUUACUCGGGGCAUUGGAUUCCAGGUCCCCUCAUGGCAACGCGUUGUCUGCCUGGUAAUUGGGUUCUUGUACCCUUUCACCAUUCUAGUGGCCAUCAUAGCCACUGCCAAUCAUUUCAUUCUGGAUGCCGUUGCAGGUGCUUUGGUCUGCGGUCUGGGAUGGCGGUUCAACGGAGGGUUGUUGAAUCUGUUGCCCUUAGAAGACUACUUCCUCUGGCUUGUACGGAUUCACAAGCCUGAGCCAUCGGAGAUGAAGACAAUUGAGACAUUAACUGAUUGGUCCAGCGAUGAGGGUGAAUCGAGACAUGUGCUGCCUUCC